AUGGUCAGUCGUCAUAGUGGGAUAUUUGCUCGCAAUCGGGACUUUCUCGAGGAAUUCAAGAAGUCCCGAGAUUCAGAGAAAGGCGAACUGUCAAUCAAAGAUCCUGCUGUGGAAGAUACUAGGCUCUGCAAAUUCAUAGAACAGUUUGCGGCCAUUCGAUCAGACCACCUACUCAACAAUGAGCAUAUUUAUGCCCUUUCAGACACGGGGUAUGCCACUACAAUUCAAAACCUUAGGCAGCCCUUGAACAUUAGCCACCGGAGGCCUUCCGAAAACCGCGAAUUGGCCUGUGUUAUUUACUGUUACCCAGCCAAAGGCAAGCCCCUUUCACCAUAUGUCAUCUUCAAGUUGUCCAACGUUUGGGGCCCAAAACGGCACGAUAACCGAGUUACGAUAUCAUACAAUACGACCGGCUGGGCUGAAGGGACACAUGCACUGGACUGGCUGAACAGCGUGUUUGAGAAGGAAACCAGUACACCUGGACGCCGGGAGCGAGGCCAACUCCGAGACCGAAGUCAAAGACGUCUUCUGUUGGUUGAUAGUCAAUUUCCCAUGACAGCUGAAUUCUUCGUGACCUGCUGGAAGAGAAAUGUCAUCUGCCUCUGUGUUCCAAAAAAAGGCAGUGAAUAUCUCAACCCCUGCAAGAACGGGAUUUUCGAUGCCCUUGAUAAGCUCUAUGCAGAGCAUAUGAAGAAACAGCUACGAGAGAAAAACCCAUACACCGUCUCGCCAUCUCGAUUCGCGGCCUUUAUUGAUCGUGAACUCGGAUUCCCCGAUCGGGAAACCGAAUCAGCGGAGGCGUGGUCCAAUAGUUGCUUGCUCCCACCAAGCCGCUCGCGAUUGAUGGAACGUCGCACGGGCGAUCGGAUUCGUUCUCAGACAGUUGAGCCGAACAGCCCAACACGAGCUAGGAGACGCCAUAUAUCACCAGAUGAGACCAACGACGUGGAGCAAACGACAGCCGACAAUAACGAUGAAGAAGGCGCCAAUGACAUGGCUGUCAUUGUUCCCCAAGAGCAGGUACCUUCACCACAGUCGCUGCAUGGCUUGCAGUCUCAAGAAAUGCCCGACCAGGGGGUCCCAGAAGAACCAGAAGUGCCUGAAAAUUCCACAGACACCGAGCAUAACCAGGAGCAGAGCGAGUCGGAGCAAUCAACUAGCGAAGAAGAAAACUCCAAUGCUCAUGUUCCUAUCACACCGUCUCGAACCCCGAAGCGGCCAAAAUCCCCCAAAUCAAAGUCGUCCCGGAAAUCAGUCCUACCAAGUUUUGUGAUGUCGCUUGAGGAUUUCAGAGAGUGCUUUGAUAAGUAUGAAAACGCAUCGCCCGAUGACAAGAAACGGCGGCGGGAGGAAAUCACGCUGGGCUAUGCUAGGUGUGUCUGGAAGCUUGAAGAUACCAUCCAGUUCCCGCCGUCGUCAUCUUCUAAAAGAUCAAGGACUCGUUGA